AUGAAGAUUGCUACUACAACAGCCAUCGUUGGCACAUUCUUGGCCUCAGCGGCCCAGGCUGUGCCCACUUCCGACGAGAGCUUCCCAUAUACUGGGCCUGAUGUGCCCAUUGGAGACUGGGUUGGUAACACGGUCAAGGGAAACGGGAAAGGCUUUCCUCGUCUGGUUGAACCUCCCGCGGUGAAGCCUGCCAGUGCCAACCCCAGCAAUAACAUCAACGUUAUUUCGCUUUCGUACGCAGGAAACGGAGUCAACAUUCACUACCAGACUCCCUUUGGCCUUGGCACCUCGCCGUCUGUGAAAUGGGGAACCACCGCCAACUCAUUGACUAACACGGCCACUGGCUCAAGUCACUCAUAUGACCGAACGCCUCCGUGCUCCCAAGUCGCCGUCACUCAAUGCAGCCAGUUCUACCACGAAGUUCAAAUUCGGGACCUCAAGCCAGACACGACCUACUACUACAAAAUCCCCGCUGCCAACGGCACCACGGCGUCCGAUGUCUUAAGCUUCAAGACUGCCCGCGACGCCGGUAACAAAAAGGCCUUCACUGUCGCUGUUCUCAAUGACAUGGGGUACACCAAUGCCGGUGGAACGUUCAAGGAGCUCAACAAGGCUGUUGAUGAUGGAGUUGCCUUUGCCUGGCAUGGUGGUGACAUUUCCUACGCUGAUGACUGGUAUAGCGGCAUCUUGCCAUGCGCAAGUGACUGGCCAGUAUGUUACAACGGCAGCAACAGCGAGCUUCCUGGCGGCGUGACGCCAGACUACGAGACUCCUCUUCCUGACGGCGAGGUCCCCAACCAGGGUGGUCCUCGUGGUGGCGACAUGAGUGUCCUGUAUGAGUCGAAUUGGGAUCUGUGGCAGCAGUGGAUCAACAGUAUCUCCAUGAAGGUGCCUUACAUGGUUCUUCCUGGAAACCACGAAGCCGCCUGCGCUGAAUUUGACGGACCUGACCAGGUGUUGGCCUCGUACUUGAACGACAACAAGCCGAAUACCACCUCGCCCAAGUCGAAUAAGUUGACCUAUUACAGCUGUCCUCCAUCUCAGCGAAACUACACCGCCUACCAGCAUCGUUUCCGUAUGCCGGGCCAGGAAUCCGGUGGUGUCACCAACUUCUGGUACUCGUUUGACUAUGGCCUGGCUCACUUUAUCGCCUUCAACGGUGAGACCGAUUACCCUUACAGCCCCGAGUGGCCAUUUGCCCGUGAUCUCAAAGGUGGCGAGUCCACACCCAAGGAGAAUGAGACAUUUGUUACAGACAGUGGUCCAUUUGGAGCUGUAGAUGGCAGCAUCUACACCAAGGAGUCAUACGAGCAGUAUCGCUGGUUGGAGCAGGAUCUUGCCAAGGUCGACAGGAAGAAGACUCCUUGGGUUAUCGCCAUGAGCCAUCGACCCAUGUAUAGUUCCCAGGUGUCGAGUUAUCAGAAGAAUAUGCGGGAUUCAUUCGAAGCGUUGUUCUUGAAACAUGGUGUUGACGCAUACUUGUCUGGUCACAUUCAUUGGUACGAGCGAACGUUCCCGCUUGGAAGCAAUGGCACCAUUGACAAGGAGUCCAUCGUCAACAACAACACCUACUAUACCAACCCUGGUAAAUCCAUCACUCACAUUAUCAAUGGUAUGGCCGGCAACAUUGAGAGCCACAGUACUCUUUCCACGGGUCAAUCUCCGCUGAACAUUACCUGCGUGCUGGACCAGUCACACUAUGGGUUUAGCAAGUUGACUAUUCACAAUGAGACGGUCUUGACGUGGUCGUUUGUCAAGGGAAGCGAUGGAAGCAGCGGUGAUGACUUUACCUUGAUUAAGAAGGGAUCUGGAUCCGGUAAUAGCACUUCUACGUCUACUUCCACCUCUGUUCCUACGUCCAGCCUCGGCACGGCUACUGGCACAAGCACGGCUGGUGGUGUUACAACGGUUACAGAGGUGGUCAACUCGUAUACUACCUACUGCCCUGGCUCGACUACCUUUACUCAAGGCUCCAAGACUUAUACUGUUACCAAGGCAACCACUCUGACUAUUACUGACUGUCCUUGCACUCUUACCCACACCACAUCUUUGCCAAGUGCUCCAAUCUCGUCUGCCGUCUUCUCCGGCAACAGCACUGCUGGCUCAUCUGGCAAUUCUCCUAGUAACACUGAGAGCGGUGCAAGUCCCACGGAUAUCACCUCCGGAGCCGGUCAGCCUCUUGCUUCUGGUCCUACAACCAGUCCUGCUGGAGCUGCUAGCACUACUUCUUCUGUACCAGUUGCUCAGGCAGGUCGAACUGCGGUGGCUGUCCAUCUUUCUGUGCUUGUGGCCAUUGUUGCAUUUGCCGUUGUCUUGUAA